AUGCAGGUGAAUAAUGUAGUUGUUACUGGGAGAAAUGAUGAAAAUGUUGAUUGGAGUGAAGUAGGGUAUGGAACUUAUGAGUUAGUUGAACAAUGUGUGGUAACAAACUUCUAUGGUGUGGAAAGGAUAACUGAAGCUCUUAUUCCCCUUCUACAGUUGUCUACUUCACCAAGAAUUAUCAAUAUUUCCUCAAGACCAGGUCUCUUGAAGAACAUAUCUAGUGAGUGGAAUAGAACAGUGUUCAGUGACAUUGAAAACCUUACAAGAGAAAAAAUAGAUAUGGUACUCAAAGAGUUUAAGAAAGAUUUCAAAGAGCGAUCAUUGGAAAUCAAGGGUUGGCCAGCUUUUGCUCCUGCAUAUACAAUGUCAAAAGCAGCUUUGAAUGCUUACACAAGAAUUAUGGCCAAGAAAAUUCCAUAUUUUCAUAUAAACUCUUUGAGCCCUGGCUUUGUCAAGACUUAUAUGAACAACAACACUGGAAUAUUAAGCAUUGAUGAAGGUUCUGAAACUCCUGUAAUGUUGGCACUGUUGCCAAAUAAUCUUCCUUCUGUUUGCUUCUUUUAUCAGGGUGAAGCAAUACCCUUUUGAUCAUUGAAUAUCCAUUUAUUUAGCAAAAGAUUCUGAAUAAGUAGAUAAUCAUGAAAACAUUGACUUAGUUCUAUGCAGAGUCUACAUUAAGGCUAUUUUCUGCACCAAAUUUAUAUUGGUUCUGUUUCUGCAAGCAGUUUGCAGCAUGUUUGAGGAAUACAUUUUUUACGCCUUCAUGCUUUUAUGUGUCUUACAGUUUUCUUCAUUACACACCAGAUAGUGGAAUUAAUCCGGAACAACUUCUUCAUAGAAUUUCAUUAUUAAGUUAUUAUUCCUAAGGAACCAUUUAGCAGUUGAUGAAGUGACUGCAAUUACUGUGAGUUUGACCUUGCAAACAUAGUUAUGGGGAAAACAAGUUCUCCGCUUUUGAUGAAGUUCAAGAGUCUAACAAAUAUGAAUUUUUGGCACUUUGUA